UGGGCGGGGCGAGACGAGCCUAGGGUGGGAACGUGGGGAGCUAAGGCAGCCGGCGAACAGACCGAUCCAGCCCUGGACCAUGGCCUCCAAAUGCUCCAAGUGCGACAAAACCGUGUACUUCGCGGAAAAAGUGAGCUCCCUGGGCAAGGACUGGCAUAAAUUUUGUCUCAAGUGUGAGCGUUGCAGCAAGACAUUGACACCUGGAGGGCAUGCAGAGCACGAUGGGAAGCCGUUUUGCCACAAGCCCUGCUAUGCUACGUUGUUUGGGCCUAAAGGUGUAAACAUUGGGGGCGCAGGCUCUUACAUCUAUGAGAAACCACAGGCAGAGGAGGCUCCUGUCACCGGCCCUAUUGAACACCCAAUUCGAGUCGAGGAUCGGAAAGCCAGUGGCCCCUCCAGAGGGCCCAGCAAAGCAUCCAGUGUCACAACCUUCACUGGGGAGCCCAACAUGUGUCCUCGAUGUAACAAGAGGGUCUAUUUUGCGGAGAAGGUGACAUCCCUGGGAAAAGAUUGGCACCGGCCUUGCCUUCGCUGUGAGCGUUGUGGAAAGACACUAACACCUGGUGGACAUGCAGAGCAUGAUGGACAACCAUAUUGUCAUAAACCUUGCUAUGGAAUUCUAUUUGGACCAAAGGGAGUGAACACUGGGGCAGUGGGGAGCUACAUCUAUGACAAAGACCCUGAAGUUAAGGACCAGCCCUAGGAGGUCCUAACCCUUCCACACGAUGCCCAGCCUGCUGUUCCCAGUUCUUCUAGGGGAGUAAGCUCUCCUCACCAUUGCCUGUACAAGAAGCUUAUUUCUGAGGGGGUGUGAAUAAUUUGGCUCAGCUUUGUAUAUGAGUGUAAGGGGGCAUUCUUGAAGAUUCCCCAGAAUUGAGAUCUGCCUGGGUGUCCCCCCAUUCCUAUCAUGUCUCCUACUACUUCUCUCUCUCUCAGUCUCUUUUGGUUUACCUCCCCACCUCCCUAGCCAUCUUUCUGAGCCCCCCACCCCUUUCUGUUUCCAUUGCUCCUUUUCUCUCACUCCCUGUUUUCCUUUAUCUCUAAGAGACUGUAUGUCCUGUUAUCUAUCUCCCCCUCUCUUCCCUCCCCCACCCCCCUAGCAUCCUGUACUCUACAUUUAUUUGUGAAAGGCUAUAGGCCCUGCUUUGGCUAAAGACAGAAACCCUUUGUCCCACACAGUGUUACUGAGCAGCCUGGGGCAGUGUCCUCUCCAGGAUCUCUUCUGCUUUUAUCUUCCCCUCAGUGUACCACAGGUCCUAAGGCCUGGCCACUUAUACCUUCACAUUUAACUAGACACUAAGGCUGCUUUGAUUUUUUUGCUAUCAAUAAAGGUUUUGAGAAUCAA